CAUACGCAGCGUGGGCAGAGCUGCGGCCCCCCGCGCCCUCCCUCGGAACAGCGCUCGCAGGCCCCAGCGCGGCGUGGGGCUGGGAGCCUGGCGCCUCUCCUUCCCUGGCUGCGCAAUCGCCGGGGCGGUCGAGCUGGCACCUUGCGCGAGCGGGAGGCAGCUGGUGAUGGAGUGAGUUCCUGCUCUGAGUUCAGACAGCGUCCGACGCCCCUAGCUGCCUGAUUUUGGACACAUUGUUUAACCUCUCCAAGGACCAGUUUUCUUUGUAAACUUGAGAACCUGCUGACAUGACUGAUCAUGGGGCUGAUGAGCUGUCCUCUAGGACAGGGAGUCCAGACGGGGAAGGUCGGGUCCCUGAGGAGAGAUCCUUGCUCCAUCAGAGUCUGGCCGUCAGGGAACUCAUCGACACCGAGGUCUCCUACUUGCACGUGCUCCAGCUGUGUGCCUCGGACAUUAGGAGCCACCUGCAGCAGCUGCCGCAGGGAGAUCUGGAUGUCUUGUUCUCAAAUAUCGAUGACAUCAUCAAGGUGAACAGCAAAUUGCUUCAUGAUCUGCAGGAGACAGCCGCCAGGGAAGAGGAACAAGUGCAGCUGAUCGGCAACUUAUUCCUGGAAUUCCAAGAGGAGUUGGAGCAAGUCUAUAAAGUGUACUGUGCCAGCUACGAACAGGCCUUGCUGCUGGUGGAGACCUACCGGAAGGAGCCACGGCUGCAGGGGGAGAUCCAGGACACCAUUGAGGCAGUGCUGCCUCAAGCUGGACCCUCAGGCCUCAGUUUCUUGCUGGUAAUUCCUUUGCAGAGGAUUACCAAAUACCCAUUGCUGCUGCAGAAAAUUCUGGAGAACACACUCCCUGAUGCCAGUGCCUACCCUGUCCUUCAGAGGGCUACCUCUGCCCUCCAGGACGUGGUCACCAACAUCAAUGAGUACAAGAGGCGCAAAGAAGUGGCCUCCAAGUACACCAAGGUAGAGCAGCUGAGCCUCUGGGAGCGACUGGCCCGCAUCAAUACCCACACCCUUUCCAAGAAGACCACCCGGCUGAGCCAGCUGCUGAAGCAGGAGGCGGGGCUCGUACCCAAGACGGAAGACAAGGAAUUUGAUGACUUAGAAGAGAGCUUCCACUGGGUGUCGCUGUGUGUGACCGAGAUGAAGAACAAUGUGGCUGCUUACCUGGAUAAUUUGGAGGCUUUCCUCCGCUUCCGGCCCCAGGAAUACGAUCUGGACAUCCCUGGGGGGCCUGUGGUGCAGUACUGUUACCUGGCAAGAGACCUGCAGCUCCAGGCCUUCCCUGAGUUUAAGCAGCGGCUGGAAGCCCUGGUGUGGCAGCCAUUGUGCAGCCUGGCCAAAGCCUUGGCCGGCCCUCAGAAUCUGAUCAAGAAGCGUCUGGACAAACUACUGGACUUUGAGAGGGUGGAAGAGAAGCUGUUGGAGGUGGGCAGCAUGACCUAUGAAGAAGAGGCAGCCCGGCACAUGUACGAGGCACUCAACUCCCUGCUAGUGGCUGAGCUCCCACAGUUUAAGCAGCUAGCCGUGCGGUGGCUGGGCCAGAUCCUGUGCACAUUUGUGACCCUCCAGAGGGACCUUGCAAAGCAAGUGCUGCAGAGGGCAGAGGGCAGCUUGGCCCAGCUUCCCCACCACCACAUCUCUGAUCCAGCCUUCAGGAAGCUGGUGGAGGACGCACUGGGCCAGACCGGUCAUCAGCUUCACUCCUUUCAACAGAACUUCGAGAAAGUGCUGCCGCCUCCCACCACACAACCACUCCUUCCAGGGGCUGAACGCCAGGUGCAGGCGCUCCUGAGCAGGUAUGGCCCGGGAAAGCUGUACCAGGUGACAAGCAACAUCAGCGGGGCCGGGACUCUGGACCUGACUUUGCCUCGGGGCCACAUCGUAGCCCUCCUUCAAGACAAGGACACCAAAGGCAACAGCAGCCGAUGGCUGGUGGACACCGGAGGACAUCGAGGGUACGUGCCAGCUGGGAAACUGGAGCUGUACCACGUGGUCCCCCGUGAGGAGGAGCUCAGAGGGCAGGCGAAGCCUCACAGGGACUCCCAACGUCAGACGCCAGAGCCCACCUUGGCCCCGGUCCCUUCUGUCCCAGCAGUGACCCAGGUGGUGGCAGUGUACCCCUUUGUGGCCAGAAGCAGCCAUGAAGUGAGUCUGCAGGCAGGCCAGCAGGUGACUGUCCUGGAGGCCCAGGACAAGAAGGGGAACCCAGAAUGGAGCCUUGUGGAAGUGAACGGACAGAGGGGCUAUGUGCCUUCCAGCUUCCUGGCCAGGGCCCCAGGUCCAGCUCUAUGGGGCUGGAAUCUGCCCUCUUAGGGUGCCCUCCUUGGAGCCCAUGUUCCAAGAGGCUUAGAGGCUGUGACCCUGGGAGGGAAAAGAAGCAAAGAGAAGGUGGGGGUGGAUGGGGAAAUCAGCCCAGGGUCGGGUGAAGGGCACCCAGAAGGCAGCCAGAAGAGGUAGGUGGGCCUGGCGUGGGUGGACAUGAAAGGCUCCAACCAGGACGGCUCAUUAUGUCUGCAUGAAGAGGGCGUUCCAACCUGAGUCACAACACCUGGGAUGGCAGGUCACAGCCGAUUGGCCAGGACUUGCUUAUGGCCUAUCUUACCUGUGCCCUGUCCGGGCCUGCCCAUGGGAGUGGGUCACCCAGGUGAGCAUUACCUGUGCGCUGUGUGGUUGCAUGGAGGCACGCUGGAGAGUCCAGAACCGCCUGGCCUGGCAGUUCACUUCCUUCCUGUGGUA